AUGAAUAAUGCUGCACAUUUAUCGUGCUUAUAAUCAUCUGACUUAAACAAGUCAGAUCAUGUUAAAUCAAGGAUGACAGUAUUAAUGUCUUAUAAGCAUGAUUGUUGAAUUUAUUUGAUGAAGUGCUCCUCAACGCUUCUUACGUGCAACACAUUCAGAUCAUUCAUCCUAUAUUCCUCAUAAAAUACGAGAUGUCAUCAUCAAAGCUGACCAAAUUUAGAUCACUGGGAUAACUUUCCCCAAACAUGAUCAUGAUUUAUUCAUCAAGGUGGUAUCUUUGACAUGCCCCCACCCUCACUGCCAACUCAUGGUGGUGCCAAGAAAUGCCACAUAUACCAAGGUUGUAGAGGAAGGUUUGGUAGGUAGGUGGGACAGUGUUUGUGAUGGAUGACCUGAUAAGAAGAGACGAUUUGCCACCUACUACUACUACUUCUACUACUACAUAAAAUAUGUGAUGCUUUGGAACGAGAGAUUCUACCCCACUAAGCCGGUGGAUGGUACACUCGGAGCCAAGCCCCCUUCUGCCUCCGCCGUCCAUGUGGUUGGUCGCAGCUUCACUGCAUUCCCACCAUGUUAAGAUAGACGUUGGUGAGGACAAGACAAGUGGGAUUGGCAUCCAAUUAGCCUCCGACUGGUGGUAGCGGUCGAUGAAACGUAGUCAUCCAAGAUGAUUUGUUCUUGGGCAGAAGAGUUUGAGACCAAGAUUUGUCCUCGGAAUGUGAUUGCUGUGACAGGAGAUGGUCCAUAGAUGUAGGUUUUGGCUGAUAAAUGUGAUUGUAAUGUGUUGCUACAUCCCAGCUCAGAUCUUUGUCAUGGCAUUUAACACUUGGUCCUUUGAUGAGAUGGUGAGAAUGAUCAUGAGGUGUGCUCUUGAUAUGAAUGAUCUAAGUGGAUGUCGGUAAGAAGUCUUCUAUGAUAAAGCUGAAAACAAGAUUUAGUGUUGCCACUUAUAUCUCCUUCGUUCGACGCUGGAUGCUGCGGUCAAGACAGUGUCCAAUGACUUGCUUCAUAAACAAUGACAGCGGCCAAAUUUACCGACUUUUCAGGAGAGAAGAGUCGUCAAGGGAUUAGGAUAUUUUCCUACCAAAUUUAGAGCAGGCAUUCAUGGUGGUGCUCAUGCAUGUCGAUCAAUCUGUGGCAGAAUGCACAUUCAUUUGCUAACAAAGCAGGUUAAUGCAACUUUUAAGUGUAAAAAGUCUAGAAACAAUUUCUGUAUCAGCAGUGUUUUCUAGUCUGAAGUGUUAUAGUGGCCCUCUAAAGCUGCCAUGCUUGCUUAACAUUGAUUGCUGGGGGAGCUUUCGAGUCACUACUGUAGCCUUUGACUUCCUGCAAGCAGAUCUAAAUUGUCAGUCGUGCCUAUCCAUUUCAACCUUCUACUCUUUAACUUAGAUGAUGUAAUGAGUGCAACUUGCAAGACACGGCCACAAAUAAAAGUAGGACCGAAGCCAUGAGGUUCUUUAGAUGCAUACACACUUGCUGAAACUUUUAUGGGGGCUUCUAAGCAUUUCACUGGGAAUAGAUAAAGACGACCUUUUCUUUUUGGUCGGCAUAAUUUGUCAACUUUUGACUUGGAUAAUCCGAGAUGUGGUGUUUCUUCGUAUGCACGUUAGCGUGUGAUUGAAUCUUCUAACUGAUAGCCUUCAAGUCAUAGAGUUUGUUUAUCCUCCUCCAACAAUAUUUUGGUCAGAUGUUUUAUUUUUUACAUGGAAUAUAAAUUUAAAUUAGAUGCGUUAAAGGUAGGUCGCUAAGCUAGCUAAAGAAGUCAUCUUAGGAUGAGAUUCAUCCGAUGUCCAAGUUAGAUAAACACGUGUGUGUGUGUGUGUGCGCGAACAAUAUUUUGAUCAGAUGUUUUAUUUUCUACAUGAAAUAUAAAUUUGAAUUAGAGAAGCAACAAUGCUACUUUAGGUGUUGAAGUAACAUUAAAUUAGAUACAACAAAAGGUAGGUCGUUAAGCUAGCUAAAGAAGUCAUCUUAGGAUGAGAUCCAUAUGAUGUUCAAAUUAGUUAGAUAAACACGUAUAUCCUAAAAGAGAUUUUUUUUUUAAGGAGAGAAUUAUGCAUGCAAGGACCAUGUGAUGGAGAUGGAGACCGGUCAAAAUUUGUUUAUCGAAGCAACCAAAGUCAACAUAUGAGAAAGGUUGGAAGGAAGGAGAAGAGGAUGGUUCCAACAAACCCUAUUGUUGCUGCAUCACGUGUGACAUGGGUUCUCCAUGCAAGCAACACUCAACUAGAUAAGCAUUCAUGGUUUUUAUGAUCAAAGCAAACAUCUUUCUUCUUAGAUAACCUUCACGUACACCUCUCUCUCUCUCUCUCUCUCUCUCUCUCUGUCUUUGUUUGGAUAAACUCUCAAACCACUUCUCUUGACUCUUUAGUGCACUUUGAUAUCUACACUGUUCCUGUUGUUGUUGAAAGACUUGUUAACAACUCUUUAUGUCAUUGAUAAGUCCACAAUCCUUGAACAAUGAUUCGACAAGCAUUUGAAGUAGUGUCAUGGAGUAUUUAAGGCCUUGUUCUUGUAAUACCAGUAACAACAGGUGUAUUUUUAAUGGAGGAGAGAUGCACUUUGGCUCUCUCACAGGAUAAGGUUGACAACAUGGUUCUGCGACAUCCAAUCUGAAGGGGAGAGAAAUGCUGCAUCCUAAUCUUCUUCUUCUGUUGGACUCAUCAUCCUCCUUUAAGGAGUUCUACUCCUUCAAGUCAUGCCUCAUCCCUGUUGUCAGCAUCCACAUCCAAAGCCAUUUACCUUCUCAAGUGGACCUCCCGCCCCUCUUCCAACCCCACGUCAACUCCUAUCCAUCACCUGUGCCCUCCCCAACUCCACGACCAACGUCACGCUAACCCAUGCACGACAAGUGCAUGCAUUCCUCCCCCCCCUCCUCUUCCGUGUCCCUGCCUUCGGUUAGCAUCCCUCUCUCUGUCCUAAAGCUUGAUCGUGGCUUUCCACAUCGCCCUCCCCUCCCUAAUUAGCAUCUCCCCCUUUGAAACAAAGCGACAGGUGCUAAUCCAACAUGAUGCACCGAUCCGUGUGCUGUCAAUCCACCGAGAUCGCGAUCAUGGUGUAAUCGAUGGUUCACUACAGAAAACAGACGAAGAUUAAAGGGCCUAACGUUUCGUACCUCUAGGACACCUGUCCAAUGCUCAUUUGCUCUCGGUGCUCUUCUGUGUUCUCUGGGCUCGGGUCUCAAUCAUGCUCUUCUGUGUUUUGGGUAGUAUUACUCGAAGCACACGCUUUAUGCGGAGAACCGACGGUCGAGAUCAUGGGUUUCCUCCAUCCAACGACAGAGAGCAUCCGGUUAACCUCGAAGAUAUCCGCCGCCGUUGCCCGAAUUCCCAUUUUACCCUUGGCAGGCCGCCUCCCCACUAAACGACAAAACCCAACGUUCAUAUAACCGUGCCCUCCUCCUCCUCGCUCAAGAUUCCGGGUCUUCUUCCUCCGGGUGAAACGGAGCAGCAGCAGCAGCUAAGAUUAGAAGCUUAGCGUGGAGUUGGAGCCAUGUCGAGUGCAGGUAUGUUGCUUCCGCCGGGGUUCCGCUUCCACCCCACCGACGAGGAACUCAUCCUUCACUACCUCGGCAACCGAGCCGCCUCGCUGCCGUGCCCCGUCUCCAUCAUCGCCGAGGUCGACAUCUACAAGUUCGACCCGUGGGAGCUCCCCGCCAAAGCCACCUUCGGCGACGGAGAGUGGUACUUCUUCAGCCCCAGGGAGCGGAAGUACCCCAACGGGUACCGCCCCAACCGGGCGGCGGCGUCCGGCUACUGGAAGGCGACCGGGAUCGACAAGCCUGUGGUCACCAGCUCAGGCAACUCCUAUAUUGGAGUGAAGAAGGCGCUCGUCUUCUACAAGGGGAGACCUCCGAAGGGUGUCAAGACGAACUGGAUCAUGCACGAGUAUCGCCUUGCUGAACCACCGAGCAAGAACAGCUACAAGCCCAUCGAGCUCAGAGACCUCUCCAUGAAGCUGGACGAUUGGGUUCUUUGCCGAAUCUACAAGAGGAACAGCAGCAGCACUCAGUCCUCAGCUGUGGAGGAUGUCUUCGUCCCAACUCCAUCAAUCACGACGCAUCAAUCCCUGUCGGAGCUCCUCCUCGACGCUGCCGACUACUCCGACGUGCUCGGUCUAGAGAACCGCCACGACAUCGACAGUAGUAGGAUUCACAGCAGUCGUCUCCCUCACAACCUGAAGCGCCAAUGGGUAGCAGAUGGCUGCUUCGGAGACCGCGAUGAAGCGUUGUCAUCUCCUGCAAAGAGACCAACGGGGUCGAGAAUUGGCACCGACCUGAUCGACGACUUCGAGUUCGAUCUCUGCAAUCCUCAACUGAUAUCAUACUCCUCCCACUUGGCCUGGCAAUGAAUUGGUACAGUCUCUGCGGAGAGGAAAGAACACAAACAAUUUGGUAGUGAUAUUAACUUGUAGCGUAGAGAGUUUGUGGAUAGGUGGCAAUUGGAGCAGGGAGUAGAAGCCAGGACUGGACCUGCACAUUUCAUGCUCUCUGCAAUCAAAUAUGAUGAGAUUGCUGUCCUCUAGCAACAGUACAAGAAGAAAUGGAUUCGAUGUCCUCUGUACUAUCAAUCAGAACACAAGGACAAGCCAUGCAUGAGAAAAAUUAUAUGAUUUUGCUUA